UUCAUUUUUGACCUCGACUCACUGAAUGGUACCGACCCCGCUCAAUUCACCUCGUUCCCCCCGUCUGUUAUUUACUUCGCUCUCCCUUCUAUCGCAAUAUGUUCCAAGUAUUACUCGUAAACUCCUUGGCUCCGGCCCCGAUGGCAGUCCUACAGCGCUACACACCUAUGCGAAACGAGCUGCCGCAAGCAGUCACGGACCCGAGUUCAUCGUCUUCGCGUGUCUCAUUCCAGUUCUCGUCCUCUUGUCAGGUCUAUUUGCCGGUCUGACAUUAGGUUAUAUGAGCUUGGAUGAGACCCAGCUCAAUGUAUUGAGCAUGAGCGGCACUCCUCAACAAAAACUUUAUGCUGAGAAGAUCAAGCCUAUUAGGAAAAAUGGCCAUUUACUGUUGGUGACGCUGCUUCUUGCCAAUAUGAUCGUCAACGAGAGUCUGCCUGUCAUUUCUGACCCUAUUCUCGGUGGCGGAGUGCAGAGUGUAGUCGUCAGCACUAUCUUAAUUGUCAUCUUCUCGGAGAUCAUCCCGCAAUCAUUGUGCACCCGACAUGGUCUUUACUUCGGCGCUCAAAUGGCGGGUUUUACCCGCGUCCUAAUCUGUCUUCUUGGUGUUGUUGCAUGGCCUGUUGCCAAACUUUUGGAGUUAGUACUCGGUCCCCAUCAUGGAAUCAUGUAUCGUAGAGGAGAACUCAAAGAGCUCAUCGCAUUGCAUUCGUCAAUGUCCCCGCUUGGUGGGGAUCUUAAGACUGAUACAGUCACCAUUAUUGGCGCUACACUAGACCUGCAAGAGAAAGUAGUGAAGCAGGCGAUGACACCCAUCGAGAACGUUUUCAUGUUAUCGAUUGACUCGAAACUCGAUUACUCGCUUAUGAAGAAGAUAUGCCUUACCGGACAUAGCCGUGUCCCUGUGUAUGAAGAGGUCGAGAUCCCCGUCGGUGCAUCAAAUCGCAUGUCGAAGGUGAAGAAGAUCAUUGGUAUUCUGCUCGUUAAACACUGUCUUCUUCUCGAUCCGAAAGAUGCCGUUCCUUUACGCAAGAUUCCACUGAACAAGGUUCCUUUCGUACCAAAUAACGAGUCUCUUCUCGGCAUUCUAGACAGAUUCCAAGAAGGUCAUUCGCACAUGGCCAUUGUAUCUCGCUUCAGCGUGGAGAAAGCUGCUUCGGUCAAGAAGGUUGCCAAGCGUUCCCUCACACAACGCCUACGUGAUCGCGUUGGCAUGGGCGACUCGAGCGAUGAGGACGAAGACAAUAAAGAGAAGGAUAAGGCCAAGGACAAGAACAAGGACGAAGAUAAAGUAUCGCGAGUAUCCUGGGCUGAUGAAUCGGACCCUGAUGGUCAAUCCACACUUCGCGGAGAUGACAAAGAUGCAAUAGACAUACCCCAGCGGACUAUUCGGACUGCCCGUGGGCGAGGGCGCCCCGCGCAACGCGAAAGAGUGAAGCGUGACAUGGAAAUGGGUGUUAUCGAAGAACAGGUCGUCCAGAAUGAUACUGGCAAAGAAAAGAAAUUCCGUAUACCUCGCUCGACGACUGCCCUGGAGCAGAGCAUGCCUGCUGACGCUGUUUUGACGAAGGAAGGUGCAGAGGACUUUUUACAGGUCAUCGAUCCGGCAAUCAUGCCGCUCGGCAUUAUUACACUGGAAGACGUUCUCGAAGAACUUAUUGGUGAAGAAAUCUACGACGAAUUCGAUCAGGAGGGUGCUGGUGGUAGCAUCUCGUCUUACGUCCCAACAGAACAUCCGCCUUUUUCAAAGCUUCAUGGGGAGUCUUUACCUGACCUACCCUCCACAGUCACACAGCCUACUGAGGCGCCUAAGCCUGCACCCACCGGUUCCACCCUGCGCCCUCUGUCGUUGAAAGGAUUCGGCUUCCUUCGUUCUCGCAGUGAGCCCCCGACACCUCGUGAUCCGGACCAAGUUUCUAUAGUACAGCCUGUCCCGAAGAUAUCAGCAUUCUUGGCCAACGACGAUAUCAUUAAGGAGCAGGGGACGCCCGAGACGGUCCUUCAGACCCUAGAAGCCAUGACAGCAACGGACGAGCCGCAAGACAUGUUCCAGCCCGCGAAGACCACUAACAAUGCGUCCACCUCACCCGAUGACGCUCUUUCGGCACGUAGCUCUGUCUUGAAGAAGAGAUCUCUCUCUAGUGCUGGGUUCGCCUCUCCUGUUCCUAUUUCUGUCAGCGCUCCCGGUACACGAUCAUCGUCACCCGUACCACCCUUGGAAGCUAUCCUCCUCGAGCGGAAACGUCGUCUCACUGCUGCUAAGGAGUUGGGUAUUAGUACACCCCUAGUUCCUCCAGUGAGCGAUGUGCGUUCCCCUACCAUGCUACGUGUCCCGACAGUCAGCAUCAAGGGAGGGAAGUUCAAGAGCAGUCCCUUGACGGGUGGAGAGCGUAACCGAAUCGUUGUCGCCGAACAAGUCAUGCAAGAUACGAUGAGCGCUGCGGACAAGGAACGGAUACCGGAUGAGGAUGACGACGUCGCGCAUGACAAGAAAGAGGACGACAGCGGUUACUUAUAACAAUGGUCAUCGGGGCUUGUUCUGCCUCACUAGAGAAUUUCCCAUAGCUUUCUGCCAGGAGAGUGUAGGAUUACCAUGGUGGUUUUAUCUUAGUUACCUACGUCCUCGUUAGUCUGUGUUCCGUGUAUGCCCCCUUUCUUUUGUCCUUUUCUCGCUUAAUUGUCUCGACUGCACAUAUGUAGUUUUUUACACUUUGGGGUGAGGAAACCUCUGAAUGAAUAGGCAUUUGCGAGCCGUGCCAAGUUUGUUAGAGCUCUCCCGCAUGCCGUGCCUGUUGCGGCCUAAGGCCAAAUCCGUGUCAUUGUCUGCUAUAGAAAUGUGCAUGCUGUGAGAAUAUAUGUG